AUGUCUCUGCCCAAAGUCGCCCUCAUCACAGCGGCGAGCAGCGGCCUCGGCGCGGCCAUUGCCCGCAUGCUCGUGGUGGACCUCGGCAUGAACGCCGUGAUCAAUUACCACCGCAACGCCGCGCGCGCCGAGGAGCUGGCCCGGAGCCUGCGCGAGGAGCGCGUCGCCAGGUUAGCCGGCUCCGGCGACGGCACGACGCCCGAAAUUCGACUGAUCCAGGCAGACGUGAGCAGCAAGAGCGACAUCUACAGCCUAGCCGAGAAGGCAGCCGCCGCGUUCGAUGGCCGGCUGGAUGUCGUCAUCUCCAACGUGGGGUGGACGCAGGUCCGCAACUUUGCCGAUAUCGAGGACGGGGUCGAUGAGGACGACUGGGAUCGGUGCUACGCCGCCAACGUCAAGUCGCAUCUGUGGCUGUUCCACGCGUGCAAGCCCUACCUUUUGGAGUCGAAUAAGAGGGACGAGGGGUCGGCUGUGUUUGUGAGCACGGCGAGCGUGGCGGGGGUGAAACCUAGCGGGAGCAGCUUGCCUUACGCAGUCACGAAAUCCGCCCUGAUUCACCUGAUAAAAUCUCUCGCGAUCAUCUCGGCGCCCGACAUCAGAGUCAACUCGGUCUCGCCCGGAAUUCUAUUAACGGAAUGGGGCUUGUCGUUUCCCCAAGAACGAUUGGAUGCUGCGAAGAAGGCCAACAAACUAGGGAGAUUUGCGACUGUGGAGGACGUCGCAGAACAAGUUCGGACGUUCGUCGUGUCUCGGACAAUCACUGGCCAGAACGCGGUGAUCGAUGCAGGAUUUAGCUUAUAA